UGAAGUCUUUCUGUCUGCUAUCUAACAACUGGGACAGGCGAGACGGAGUAAAUCAGGGCUCCUUCAUCUUGAGGUUCCCAAUGGAGAGAAAAGUUUUGGCUUUGAGGACCAUGAUCAAGGAGCAUCAUUUGAAGAUGGAGAAUCUGGAUCCUCGAAAGUGGAUACGACAAGAGACUGCUAGGGGGUUUGCUGACUUCAUGUUCAACAAAAACUCAGACAAAGAGACAGACGACAGUUUUGACAGCAAAGAGAUGUUACUUGAAGCAGAAAAGCAGUUUAUAGAGGCAGCAAAAAGGAACGAUGUGGAGACCAUGAGGAAUCUUGGAAAAGGCCUGAAUGUAAAUGCAAAAAAUGUGCAUAAUAGGACUGCACUUCACUAUGCAGCAGCCGGCAAGAACCAUGAAGCUGUUCGGUUACUUCUGCAGAGAAGGGUCAAAGUGGAUCAAAAGGACAAGUAUGGUGUGACACCCAUUCAUCUAGCUGCCUGGUUUGGCAGUUUGGAGACCCUGAAAUUAUUAGUGCAGGCUGGGGCCGAACAAAAGGUUGAGAAUGAGGAAGGACUGAACAUUAUGCACUGUGCUGCCAUCAACAAUCACACAGAGAUUGUAGAGUAUAUUAUUAAUGACCUGCAGAUGAAAGAACUGAACAAGGAAAACCAGUCAGGACGCCUGCCAUUUGCACUGGCUGCAGAGCGUGGGUGCGUUCAGAUGUUAGAAAUGCUGAUGGAGCCCUACAACAUGGCCACUAUGAAGCCUGAUAAGAAAGGGGACACGCCCCUGCACUUAGCUGCCAGGAAUGGCCACUUGGAUGCCGUCCAACUGCUGCUGCAGAGCUUUGAUACUCGGGAUGAAGUCAAUAUGGACGGUGAGACAGCUUUGUACCAAGCUGCAGAAAACGCUCAUGAAGAAUGUGUCCUGGCCCUGUUGGAGGCUGACUGUGACCCUAAUAUCCUCACAAUGGCCAAAUGCAGUGCUCUCCACCAGGUCUCAGAAAAAGGAGACAUUUCUGUUGUCAAGCUCCUCUUAAACUACAAAGCCCAUCCAGAUUUUCAAAACCAGCACCUAGAUACACCUCUCCAUCUGGCAGUAAAGAACAGCCACAUUCCUGUAAUUCACUCUCUUCUGGCAGCAGGCUGCAACAUGAAUCUCGCAGAUAAGAGAUCCCAGACUGCUAUGCAUGUUGCUGCAGAGCUCGCCAGGACUGAAAUUGUGGAAAUGCUUCUUAAAGCCGGUGUGGAUCUAACACUUCAGGACAGACAGGGAAAGACGGCUCUUGGUGUUGCAGCCAGAGCAGAUCAGGUGAUUAUUGUGGACAUGAUCAUCAAAGCAGAAAGAUACAGCGCCUGGAAAAAGGCCAACCCUCAGCUUAAUGAAAGUGUUCACAGCGAGUAUCCGCUAACAUUUAAACUUGACCAUCGCAAUGAGACCAAGCAACUCCGUUCAAUAGCCUGGCGCCUGGCAUACGAGCUCCUGAAAGCAGGAGACUGGAAAAGAUUGGCAGAACACUGGGGCUUUACCAAGGAGCAAGUGUCUGCCAUGCAGGAGCAAUGGACAGGUCAGCACAGCUAUAAAGAGCAUGGGAACAGGAUGCUGCUGAUCUGGCUCCAUGGGGAGGAACUGGCUCAGAUGAAUCCUGUUAAAGAACUUUACCAGAGCCUCAUCCUCAUCGGAAAUAGGAAAGCUGCAGAUAAAAUUCAAAUGGAGGGAGAAAGUUCCAGCAGUAAAAGCUGUUACAUUUCCUGAGGAAGACUGGUGCAAUGUUUAGACUGGGGAAAAAAAAGAAAAAAAAGAAAAAUAUAUAUAUAUAUAUAUAUAUAUAUAUAUAUAUAUAUAUAUUACACCAUUGAUAAUCAUUGAUCUGUACAAGAAGUGUAUUGAGAAAUUA